AUGACUAUGUACGAUAGUUCGCACAAGAAGACGCACAGACUGAAGGCAUUAGUAUUGCUUGCAUCUAUAACAUCUUUGGGCCUUUUCAUUGAUUACCUCUUGGAGGAACCUCUUUUACCAAAUGUUAACCAGAGUGAGAUUUUGGGAUUUAGAAGUGCUGAUCGUUCCAUCCGUGAAUACAAUAUUAAUAUUUCUGAUCAUAUUGUGAACACAGUUUUCUCGCAAGUUAAACAUUCGGCGAUACUUUCGCAGCCUCUGGAUAUAACGUACGGCCCUGACACGAAGAUGUACAAGGAUGUUAUUAAAUAUUGGAGAGAAAAAUACGACUGGAGAACACGCGAAGUGUACUUCAAUCAAUAUCCACAAUACACUACAAUCGUCCAAGGGCUUCAGAUUCAUUUCGUCCACGUAAAACCAGAGACGAGCAAUAAAACAGUGCCUCUUUUGAUGUUGCACGGUUGGCCCGAAAGUUUUGCAUACUUCUACGACAUUGUACCGCAGCUGACGAGCGGAAACGGCGACGUAUCGUUCGAAUUGAUAAUACCUUCUUUGCCCGGACAUUUCAUGUCGGAUCCAAUGAAGGAUAGGACAACGGUUCAUGUGGCAACGCUUUUCAAGAAUUUGAUGAAGCGCUUGAACAUCGAUAGGUUUUAUGUAUUUGGGCAAGGGGUUGGAUCAUUUAUUGGCACGGAUAUGGCAAUUUUAUAUCCGGAUAAAGUUAUGGGAUUGUAUAACACCAUGUGUUUAUCUCUCAGGAAGAUAAGCUUAGUGAAAUAUGCUUCUAGAAACAAUUGUUAA